CAUCCCGUCUCGUUAUUGCAGUAUUUCGUGGACGCUAUCCUGGUAUUUUAGUGCGCGUUAUUUUAUCGGAUAGCGUUACGUUAAUCAUGGAAUCCGAAAGCACCGAUGUUUGGGACUACUUUGACAAGUGCGGGACCGAUGAAAUCGGCGAACGGCGGGCCACUUGCCGCGUUUGCAGCAAUGUUUACAAUUACAAUGCAACGAUACAUAACCUAAAAAUACAUUUGCAGAGAAAGCACUCGGUUGUGAUUGGGAAAAUUGCUCCUGGUAGAACAAAAACUAGCGCUAAAGAACGUCCUAAACGAAACACUGAGAUAUGGGGGUAUUUCUCCCAAGUAGAGGGGAAAGAGAGGUUCGCAUCCUGUCACAUUUGCGAUAAAGUCUUGUCUUAUCAAACUACUACAAACAAUUUGAAAACUCACUUGCGGAAACAGCACCCUUUGGCCUACUCCGCUUUAGAACAGGCCACUGAAAAUAACCAACCGACUGAAGUCGAGUACGUGGAAGAAUACCUAGAAUCGGACAACGAUGAUGAAGUCUCCACUGAAGACGUGAAGCAGACAGAUAUCUGGGGGUACUUCGAAAGCGAUACUGCUACUACCGCCAUCUGUUGCGUGUGUUGCGCAAGCGUGCCGAGCAAGAAGGGCGAGUUGCGUCGCCAUCUAGUAGCGGAGCACCCGAAACUGGUCGGCGAGAUCUUGACGCAGGACGAAGACAACACCGAUGACGUGUAUUCCGAAGUGAUAUACGUCGAAGAGAACCCAAUGACGAAGGAGCAGAAGGUCAAAGUGAAAAAAAUCGAUUUUGACAGCUACAAGCGCGCCAAAAAACGCAGAGUCAGCCAAGAAAAGCCUAAAAAAAGCAUUGACGAAGAAGAAGUGGAGAGUUUUGGGUCUUACAUCACUUGUUUAAUGAAGCAACUGCCUCGAGACGUCUGCACCAACGUGCAAAGGGACAUUAUAAACUUAAUAAUGAACGCAAAAACUCGUAGCCAAAACAAAAUCGAUGUGCAGCAGAAUUUAAUCAAAGAAAUCAUGAAGGAUAUCAACUGCGAUAAAAAUAAUAGCAGCUUUGAAUCGAGCGAGCAGGAAGAAAAGACUGCUGAUGCAAACGAUGAUUUGCUGGAAGACAAAGAUGAUGCUCAGAAAAGUGACGAUAAUGACAGUCAUGAUGACAAUUAAAUUGCCAGAAAAGCUUCAAACCAUUCUGAAACGCCAAUCGUUUAAAAUUUUAAUUAAUAACCCAAUAUUUGUUGCUUUCUAAUUGAUUAAAGUUAGCAAAAUACUUCAUGAGUUCACAUAAAUCGUGGAUCGCCUUGCGUUUUAAACUGAACGGAGGAUUUUUUUUAUAACUACUUAGGUAUGUACUUUGUGAUAGGUAAAUUAAAAUUUUACUAACUAAUAAAUUAUAGUUGAGCAUUAGGUAGCUUAUUUAGGGCCUUUUAAAUAAAACAAAGUUUCUGUAAGCAAUAAAAGUUUU